AUGCAUCCCGNNGCUGUCACCAGUGGGUCAGAGAAGACUCUACCAUUUCCAUCUCUGAUUUAUCAAGUGCUGCAAUAUCAAAGAGAGGUUCCUNUGUUUCCACAUGAGGUGCCUGAGUNUGUAAAACCGUAUAAAGCANUUCCGAANNGUGGUAUGGGUAGGAGACAACAUCCAGUUCCAGGGCACGUGUAUGGCGUAUCUCUUGUAGCUGAUCUCAGGAAGCAGGCUCAAGUCCUUCUAGACAUUGCUGCUCGGAUUGAAGCUCAAGCUGCUGUAGCCGAUGGAUCAGAACAAGGAGCUGAUGUUGAGGUUGAGGGGGAGACUGAUGGUGAAAACGAAGCUGAGGAGUCUAGGAGUCAGUCUUCGAGCUUGGAUGCACACAUUCAGUCAAAAAGGGGGAGAAUGAAAGAGGAGAGUUUUUAG